CCCGGCCCUGUCCCGUCCGGUCCGGUCCGGUCCCUCCCUCCCCGCCCAUGGGCUGCGCGGCGGCUUGGUGCCGGGGCCGGUGUCCGUGGGAGGCGCUGUUGACGGCGCUGGGCACGGCCGCCUUCGUGGUGGACGCGGUGGCGGACGUGUGGGCGGCGGGGGGCUACGUGCGGGAGGGCCGCCCCGCCUGGGCGCUGCUGCUGCUGGCGCCGCUGCUGCUCAGCUCGCUGGCCGGGCAGCUGCUCAGCUGGGCCUGGCACCGAGCCGACCCCCCGGGGCUGGCCCCCGACGGCUGCCCCCCGGCCCGCCCGCCCCCGCGCCUCCUCGCCCUCUGCCACCUCCUGCAGCUCGGCUACCUGGCCAGGUGUGUCCAUGCCCUGCGGGUGGAGGUGUACCUGUGGAGGAAGGAGAAGCCGUCGGAAGUGGAGCUGGCUUACGCCGCUUUCCUCUCCUUGGACAUCAGCCUGCUGCGACUGUUCGAGACCUUCCUGGAGACGGCGCCCCAGCUCACGCUGGUCCUCAUCUUCUGCCUGCAAGCGCACACGGCCCAGUACUUCCAGUGGGCCGGGAUCUGCACCUCGCUGCUCUGCGCCUCCUGGGCGCUGCUCGACUACCACCGGAGCCUGCGCAGCUGCCUGGAGGACAAGCACCCCCUGGACGCCCCCUUUGCCAUCGUCACCUACUUCCUGUGGAACCUGCUGCUGCUGGCCCCCCGGCUGUUGGCGCUGGCCCUACUCGGGGCGCUGGCCCCGGGCCUGCUGGCAAUGCACUUUGUGGCCGUGUGGCUGGCCAUGUUGCUCUGGGUGUGCCUGCAGGGCACGGACUUCAUGGGCGCCGGCGGCUGGGAGGGGCUGUACCGUGCCGUCGUGGCAGUGAUCCUCUACUUCUCCUGGUUCAACGUGGCCGAGGGCAGGACGGUGGGCCGCAGCACCCUCUACUACACGUUCAUGCUCUGUGACAGCACGCUCCUCGUCGGCUGCUGGCUCUGGACCCAUUGGCCCCUCCCGGCCGGCUCCCUCCUGGCCUGGGCGUUGCCCACGGCCGCCGUCUCCUUCGCUGUGGGGCUGGGCCUGAGGGGGGUCUACUACUGGUGGCUGCACCCGCGGGCCAGCUGGGACGAGGUGGACUUUGGGAGGGCGGGAGCCCAGCCGCCACCCCCGGGCCCAGCCAACCCCCGCAUGGCCACAUUGGCCCGCAGUUUCUACUCCACGGCGGUGGUGGGCCCAGCCUGAGGUGCCCUGGGCCACAGGCUGCCCCGACCCGUCUCUAGCCACGGCCCCGGGCUGAGGACCGUGAUGGCUGGCUUUUGUGGGCCCAGGAAGAGACCUCGGGCUGGCUGCGACCCUUGCCCCAUCCACUCCUGGUCAGGGGCCCAGUGGAACUGCAGCCUUCCCAUUUGGAGAGAGGAAAAAUAGACUAUCCCGGACCCCACCGCCUCCCGACUGGGACAAGUUGUGGAGGGGGGCAAGGCCCCACCAAGCAACCGUAGCCCAGGAGUCUUAUCGGCCCCAGGCCUUGUGCUCACUGACUCCAUGGUGGUCUGCCACCGGCCAAGGCAGGAGAAGUUUUAUAGAAAAUAAAAACUUUAUUUUUCAAGUGAA